CUCCGCCACUCUACUGAUUCUCCAAUUGGGAUGCCUAGCAGAAAGGACAGAAUUGCAAUGAAGGUGUUGGUUCUUGUGUGUCUGUUGCUGGUGGCCCUGGCCCUCCUCACAGAUGCUACACCCAUCCUGACAGAGAAGCAAGCCAAGCAGCUUCUGAGGAGCAAGCGUGAUGACAGGCCACGCAAAGCAGGGUAUCCAGAUGAGCCGAUGCGGGAGCACAUGCUGCAUCUGCAGCAGCUUGAACGCCGUGCUGAAGAAACCUUCCUGGAAAACUGGCUAAAUCCACACUGUUACCCACGAUGCAACAGGAAUUAUGGAUACCCUGUUUAAAGUUUUAACCAUGUACGGACAUGAAUCAGUUCUGUGGUAAUGUGGAACAGAAGAGGAGUCCAGCAUGGAAAUUUCAAGCUUGUCAACUACAUGCCAAAUAUAUAAUUAUGAAAUGUAAUUUUUUGAACAGUUCAUUUUCUGCCUAUAUUAAAGAUGCUGUGCUUUUGCUUUAGUAAA